AUGGCGAUUAUCUCCGAGGUUGAAGAAGAAAGCACCAGCCGACCCUCGUUGUUGCCGUUUAGGGCGACGUUCGAUCCUUCGAACCCAUUAGGGUUUUUGGAGAAAGUGUUUGACUUUCUUGGAGCACAGAGCGAUUUCCUGAAGAAAGUCUCUGCGGAGCAGGAGAUCGCCGCCGCUGUUAGGGCGACGAAGGAGAAGCUGAGGAAAGCGGAGAAAAAAGCUGAGAAAGAGACUGUGAAGCCUGUUGCGGAGAAGAAGGAGACCGUGAAGCCCGUGGAGAAGGAGACUGUGAAGCCGACUAUGGCUGCCUCAAGCUCGAAGCCCUCGGAAGUGGAGAAGCCUAAGGAGGAGAAGAAACAAGAAACUGGUCCCGUUGUUCCUAACAAAGGUAAUGGAAUGGAUCUUGAGAACUACUCAUGGGUCCAGACUCUCCAGGAGGUCACAGUUAACGUUCCGGUGCCUACUGGCACUAAAGCAAAAUCUGUUGUAUGUGAAAUCAAGAAGAACCAUAUCAAGCUUGGUAUCAAAGGCCAAGAUCCAAUCAUCGAUGGAGAUCUCUACGGUGCUGUGAAGCCUGAUGACUGCUACUGGAAUAUCGAGGAUCAAAAGGUGAUAUCGAUUCUGUUGACUAAGCGAGACCAGAUGGAGUGGUGGAAAUGCUGUGUGAAAGGGGAGCCUGAAAUAGACACUCAGAAGGUUGAGCCAGAGAACAGCAAAUUAGCUGACCUUGACCCUGAAACUCGCUCCACUGUUGAGAAAAUGAUGUUUGAUCAAAGGCAAAAGCAGAUGGGUCUUCCAACAAGCGAUGAGCUACAGAAGCAAGACAUUCUGAAGAAAUUCAUGUCUCAGCAUCCAGAGAUGGACUUCUCAAACGCAAAGAUAAACUGA